AUGGCUGAGAAAAAACACGGAGAGCCUAUUCCAUACGAUCCGGAUUUCAAUGGUCCUUUGAGGAAACGAUCCUGCACCGAUGUCCUGUGUUUAUCUGUAUUUAUCUGCUUCAUAGCAGCAUGGAUAGGAAUCGGGUUUUAUGCUAUACUAAACGGCGAUCCGAGCAUGCUAUUGGUCCCCAGGGACUCGAUGGGGCGCCGGUGCGGCAAGGACGCCGACGUCCUGGAAAAACCGUACCUGUUCUUCCAGGAUCUGACGGAAUGCCUGAAACCUACGACGCCGUUUAGCGGCUGUCCCACGCCUCAGAUUUGCGUUAAAGAAUGCCCGAAUAUGUUUUACACGACAAAGGAUAACUCAACAGAACAGAUUAAACCUUAUUGCGUAGAUGAAAACAUCCAUGGGAAAUGUCCAAAAUGGAUAUUGCCCAGCAAACCAUUUCUGUUCAGAUGUUUGUACGACGUGGCCGAUCGGAAAAAGUCGCAUAACCCUCGUAUAUCUCGAAUCCGAGAGGACGAAAUAACGCGAUUGUUGGCCAAUUUGGGCAUCGAAGUGGCCAUCAAAACGUUUACAGAAGACGAAAACGCCUUGCAGACGGGCCAGAACAUCGUCGAGGACAUAAUAGUGUCCUGGUGGAAGAUUCUAAUAGGCGUCGGAGUGGCCCUGGUGAUUUGCCUGUUGUACAUCACUAUAUUGAGAUGGCUGGCGGCCCCCAUGGUGUGGUUAUCCAUCGUGGGCGUCAUCGUGGGCCUGGGAGCGGCCUUGUACUUCACGGUCAUCGAGUACAUAAGCGCCCGGAAGGCCUACAACGAUAUCGGCAAACAAUACGAGGAGGAUAAAUACGGAUACGAAGGGACCAGUUUGAAGACCAAGCGGGAUUUGUGGCUGGGCGGUUUGAUAAUUAUAUCGAUCGUACUGGGAAUUAUCCUCUUGGUGAUGAUUUUCCUCAGGAGUCGUAUCAGUUUGGCCAUCGCUUUGAUAAAGGAAGGGAGCAAGGCUGUGAGUUCGGUUACAGCGUCUCUGUGCUUUCCUAUAGUACCUUGGAUAUUACAAUUCGGGGUAAUAGCGUAUGCUAUAGCAGUAGGAAUUUAUUUGGCUAGUUCCGGGCGUCCAAUGUACAAAACUAGAUACGUAGAUGAUCUGUGUUCAGCUCGAAUCAAUAUAGCUGACAAUGUUGAAUGCGAUCCGAAAUCGUGGCAACAAAUGGUUCAAAGCCAUACGGAUUUCGCUACAUAUUGCCCCAAAGCGAAUUGCAAAUUUAUCAGAAUGAACAACGACCUACUCUAUCCGUAUUUACAAGCUUACAACAUAUUCGGAUUCUUCUGGCUGGCCUUCUUCGUAUCGGCUUUGGGACAAAUGGUGCUCGCCGCGAUAUUUGCCCAAUGGUAUUGGACAUUCAACAAAGCUACAUUGCCGUUUUUCGCCGUUACAUCGGCUUUCUUGAGAACGUUAAGAUACCACAUCGGGACGUUAGCCUUCGGAUCCCUAAUAAUAGCCGUGUGCCGAAUGAUACGAGUGGCGCUCGAGUAUUUGGAUCACAAGCUGAAGCAGUACGAUAACGAAUUGACGAGGGCCAUCAUGUGCAUCUUCAAGUGCUUCUUCUACUGCCUGGAGAAGUUCCUGAAGUUCCUCAACAAGAACGCCUACAUCAUGUGCGCCGUGCACGGCAAGAAUUUCUGCGCGAGCGCCAAAAGCGCCUUCAUGCUGCUGAUGAGGAACAUAUUGAGAGUGUGGGUGUUGGACAAGGUGACGGAUUUCCUGUUUUUCCUCAGCAAAGUGACGCUCACGCUGGGAGUGGGCGCCGUUUCGUACGUUUUCUUCGUGUCCGAUUUGCUUCCAUCGAAGAUUAUCGAUAAUUCGAAUCUUCACUACGGCGUCGUGCCGGUCGUUAUCAUUAUGAUUUGCACCUAUUUGAUAUCUUCGCUGUUUUUCAGCGUGUACACGACCGCCGUGGAUACGCUAUUUUUGUGUUUUCUGGAAGAUUGCGAGAGAAACGACGGAUCGCCGGAGAAGCCCUAUUACAUGUCGAAGAAUUUGAUGAAAAUAUUCGGUAAAAAAAAUAAAAUGGAUUAG